CACCAACAGCUUCACCUCUCAUCAUCUCUCAACUUCCCACUCAUCAAAACAACACAGACUCAACCAUGGCUUCCUGUGGACCAUCCUGCGCUGUCCCAUCUUGUGCUUCCACCCCAGUCGUUGGUUUUGGAUCAGCCGGUCUUGUUGGCCUUGGCAGUGGCCUUGGCGGUGGCCUUGGCUGUGGAUUUGGCUAUGGUUCUGGUUAUGGCUUUGGCUCCGGUGCCCUGGUUGGAUCCGGCGUCCCUUCUGCUAGUCUUGGUAUUCUUUCUGGAGUCCAGCCUUCAUGCGUCAACCAGAUCCCACCAGCAGAGGUCGUGAUCCAGCCACCCGCCUCCAUCGUGACCAUCCCAGGACCCAUCCUCUCUGCCAGUUGCGAGCCUGUGUCUGUCGGAGGCAACACCCCAUGUGCUGCUGGCGGUUAUGGAUCCGGAUUUGGCAGUGGAUUUGGCAGUGGAUUUGGCAGAGGUCUCUAUGGUGGUGCAGGUCUUCUGGGGUCUAGCUCUGGUGCUUUGGGGGGCCGUGGCCGUUAUGGGUUUGUGGGGCGUAGAGGCAGCAUCUGCUAUACCCCCUGCUAAGCUCUCACGGUCUGUCAGCAAGGAGGAAAGAAAAAGAGAUCUGGGGUGGACUAUUUAUGUCUCAUUUUAGAUUUGCCAAGUUAUGAGGUGUCAGAAGAAGGAGUGGGAGUUGGAGAACUGCCAGCAGAGAUGUCCUUGGAAAGCACAGA